AUGGAUACCGAUCUGGACCCACUAUGGCAGGACUUAGACUGGGCCAUAGGCCAAAUGUUAAUCAUGGGAUGGGACGGCACCGAAGUGACUCCCCAAAUCCGUGAACUCAUAGCCGACCACCAUCUAGGCUCCAUCCUACUCACAGCUAAGAACCUGAAAUCCGCCGAACAAACAGCCCAGCUCGUCCAAAAGCUCCAAACCAUCGCCCACUCAUCCGGCCACCCAUACCCUCUCCUCAUAGCCCUAGAUCAAGAAAACGGCGGCGUCAACAGUUUAUUCGACGAGUCCCUAAUCUGCCAAUUUCCCUCAUCAAUGGGGCAAGCCGCCGCCUCCAGCCCUUCCUUCUCCUCCUCCCCCUCCGGUAAUUCCUCGGGUAACUCCGACCACCUAAACCUAGCCUACCAAAUCGCCCAAGCCACCGCCACCGAAGUAUCUGCCUGCGGUGUAAACCUCAUCCUCGGCCCCGUCCUCGACGUGCUCACCAACGCGCGCUACCAACCCCUGGGUGUACGCGCAACCUCCGACGACCCGCAAGAAGUUUCCCAAUACGGCAUCGCCGCCCUGCAGGGCUACAAAGACGCCGGCGUCGCCACCUGCGGUAAACAUUUCCCUUCCUACGGCAACCUCGAUUUCCUGGGUUCGAAUCUGGAUAUACCCAUUAUCACGCAGACGCUGGAGGAAUUGUCGCUAUCGGCGCUGGUUCCGUUUAGAAACGCGAUUGCUACAGGAAAACUAGAUGCCAUGUUUGUAGGCGGGUGCGGGAUCGCGAAUCCGAGUAUGAAAGUUGCGCAUGCGUGUUUGAGCGAGCAAGUGGUUGAUGAGCUUUUGAGGGAGGAAUUGGGGUUUACGGACGGGGUGGCAAUUUCGGAGUGUUUGGAGAUGGAGGCGCUGCAGACGGAGAUGGGCGUGCGGACGGGCACGAUCAUGGCUGUGCAGGCUGGGUGUGAUUUGGUGUUGUUGUGUAGGGCGUAUGAUGUGCAGCUUGAGGCGAUUUCUGGACUCAAGCUGGGGCUGGAGAAUGAGGUUUUGACGAGGGAGAGGAUUUAUACCAGCUUGAAGAGGGUGUUGAAGAUGAAGCGCGGAUGCACGGAUUGGAACAAGGCGUUGAACCCACCCGGGGUUGAGCUGUUGAAGAAGAUCCAUCCGAGUCAUUUGGCCUUGUCGAUGAAGGCGUAUGAUGACUCGAUUACGGUCAUGAGGGACAAUGAGAAGCUGUUGCCGCUGAAUCAGAGCAUGCAUCAGGAGGAGGAGCUGUUGUUGCUGACGCCGCUCGUUAAACCGUUGCCGGCGAGCGCAAUGACCAAGACUAUUCUUGAGGGAAGCUCGACCAGGAUCAAGUCGGAGAAUCCGAUGCAUGAUAAAUGGAUACAUAGGGAAAGGAGUGCCAUCAUGAGUGGUGAGGGGGUGUUUAGGGAACUUGGGAGGUCUCUGGCGAGGGCUAGACACGGGAAGUUGCUUCAUACUUCGUAUACCGCGAACGGCGUGCGGCCAGUCCACGAAUCCCUCAUCCAACGCGCCUCAACCAUCAUCCUCCUCACCGCCGACGCCAACAGGAACCUUUACCAAGCCGGCUUCACCAAGCACGUAGCAAUGAUGUGUUCCCUCCUCAAAGCCUCCGGACACAAGAAGAACCUCAUCGUCGUAGCCGUCUCCUCCCCCUACGAUUUCGCCAUGGACAAGUCCAUCGGGACCUACAUCUGCACAUUCGACUUCACCGAGACCGCCAUGUCGGCUUUAGUCCGCGCCCUAUUCGGCGCUUUUACGCCCCGCGGCACUUUACCCGGUACCCUCCGCAAAGCACCACGUAAGGCCGUGCAGAACUCAGCAGGCGGCAAAGCAAAGACGCGAACGCAGCACUGGCUCGUCGAGUCCUACGAUGUGGAGAGAGACAAUAAGGGACUGAAAGAUCUGCUGUUCGCCAUGGCCAGGGCCAGCGCUCCCAAUCAUCAGUACUUCUACGCCUUCGGCCCGCAAUCGUUCUCGCUGUCCACCAGACAAGCUUUCAUUCCGACCGGGGACCCGGAGCACGAGAUGGUGAUGGAAGAACAGCACUUGGUAGUCCGCAACUCCUCCACUGGCGCUUUGUACGGGUUUUGCUCCACUUACUACCUCCCCACCACUUGCACGGGCGUCAUAGGCGCCAUCUUCGUCGACCCGUCCAAGCGCAACGUUUCCAUCGGGUACUCCCUCCACCGCCGGGCCGUGAGAAAUCUCCUCCAGAAACACCCAGAUAUCAAACAACUUCAGCUGGGUUGCUGCAUCCCGGGGAUCUUCCCUGGUAUCCCAUUUGAUCAUUCCGAUACCCUCACCUCAGCUAUAACACCCAGCUCUACAACAUCCACCCCUUCAGCCGCCUCAUCGGGUCUCAAAUCCUGGUUCUCUUCCACCUGCGGCUGGAAUUUAUCCCCUUCAUCUUCUUCAGCGUCGACCCGCAACCGCACCCGCAAAAUCUUUAACCUCAUCCUCCCCUCCCUCCAAAGCUGGUCCUCACCCCCGGACCUGCCCACCACCCUCCAGCGCGCUGGUGUAUCCUUCGACCUCAUCUAUGGCCGCACCCCAAGUACCCCAACCCCGACAGCAGAGCAAGAAUCCGCCCUGUCCUUCGUCUCGUCCCACUCCUCGCCUGAGAUCCUCCACCUCUACCGCCUCGCUCUGUUUUCUUCCAAUCCCACGUACACGUGGAUCAUUCGCGCCAAGAUCCAAUCACCGGUGAUAGAAAGAGGAGAGCAACUGGUAGGCACCAUAGUAAUCAGCAGUGAUUUGGGAAGGGAAUACCCUUCACUCCCGUCGUCCGCAUCUAGUGGCGGGGCGGAGUUCACGGGAGGGAUUAUUGCGCCUGUUGUGUCAUCAUCAUCUAUGACAGGACAGCAAGCCAACUUGGUGUUGCAGGGCUUGGUGAUGUUGGGGUUGAGACAAAAUAAGAGGGAUAAGAUGGCUUGUUGUUUGUUGAGCUGGGUGAGUAAUAGUUACUCAGGGGAUGGAGAUGUGGGGCUGGGGCUGGGACUGGGAAAUAACAUGGACACGUUGUUGGGCAUGGGAUUUGAGGUCCAGCAGGUUUGGGAACAAGUUACAAAUGGUGUUGAGCAGUUUGCUUCGCUUGGUUGA